CCAGCAUCAUCAUAACCAACCGUCGAACGAUCAUAAUGCACUUCUCCUCCCAUAGUUACACCGUUUCAACCGCCCAGAGCUUGGAUUUCUGUUCAAGUCAAUCACUUUUCAAUUUGCCAGCAAACUCCCUCCCCAUGCUUACUUGGACAGCGCUCUCAACUGCCGCGUCCGUCGGCCUCUUCCACGGCAUCCACACCGCAUGUGUCCAUCGGUUGCAGUGGGCGGUUACACAACACCAAUCGACAGAUGGUCGAAAAUGCCCUUUGGCCAGAAGCAACGCCCCCGUGGCGGACGUGGCCAUGAUUGCGGCCCAGUGCGCCUCCAGCACCGUCGGCCUCCUGCACGUCCUUCCGCUACUUCCACCUCUAGCUGAAUAUGUGGUGAACCCCCAGCAUGUGUCCCUCAACUACACUCCAGAGGACCUGCAUACGCUGUUCGUUGCAACGCUGCUCGUCGUGGGCGGUUACAUUUGGUCGCUUCUCUUCGCUCCGAAGUCCAUCACGUCCGUCCUCCACCACACGUUGCUUGUGGGUCUCAUCGUUGCUGCCACGAGCUUCCAAGUGGCGGUACAAGUUGCUGCUGUCUACACCGUGUCCACGUUGCUCACCAUGCAGCCCGUCUCUGUCGCGGACGCUCUCUUCCGCGCCAAGAGCUCAUGGGCUCCCGCCAUGCUGCGCACCGCGCUCGUGUACUAUGGCGUCGUCAAGGCGGUGGCGGCCGUGGUGCUCUGGACAGUCCUGGCCGCCCAACCCACCGACCACUUGAUCGUGCAGGGACUCGUCGUGUGGAUCCUGUCGAUUAUCCAGGUGCUCAACUUUAUCCGGAUGGCGAACCACUACGCCAUCGCGCGGACAUGGCAACCGGACGAGUGCGCCACGUCCGACGCGAUCAUCGCCACCGCCCUCGGGGUUUCCAACUCCAAGUCCCUCAAACAUUAACCGUCCUAUACAACACUGUAGUAGGGUUAACCACACGAUCAAUAUAUAUAUAUAUACAUAUAUUAAAA